UGCAAUGCGGCAUACUCAGCUCGUAUGCGUAGAGCAACAAUCAGUUCUCUUAAACCUUUCAAAGCGAACGCACACGCGUUCCGUCACCGAAUAAACACAGUUUCUUCUCACCGAUAGCAAAAAAAACUUCCGCUGAGGUUCGGUAACGAAAAAAGCAAGAGCGUACAGUGUCAAGCAAAACAUCAUCAAACAGAUAUAGAGGUCGACCAAAAGUUACCCCCUUGCCAUCGAGAGAUAAGGAUAAGUCGGUGAGUGAUCGACGACUAGCAAUUUCCGGAGUACCGCCCGGGUUUUGGCGGCUGUGUGUGUGUGUGUGCUUGUGCAAGCCAGUUAGUGUGACAAAGGCAACACGUGUAAGUGUCUGCGGUGUCCUGCGUGUGUGGUGUGGAAAGUUGCGCCGUAUCGAAAGCCCGAAACCGUCGUCCCUUCUUCUCCAAUUUUUGUCCCCUCCUGCGUCUACGGGCACUAAGCUGGAGGAGUUGAGCUCCCCAGAAAGGGUUCGAUUCACACCAUGAGCCGCCAGUAUCUACUGGUGCUCGCGGUAGCGCUCUGUGCGCUUGCCGUGCACUCCAGUCCGGCCCUCAAGCCGGACCUACCGAAGGCACAGGAUCCGCUGUACAAUAAAAUACUGGCCGAAACGACGCGCUCGGUCAUGGAUGCGCACGAUCGGCACUACAACAAGAUGUUGCCCCAGCCGGACGAAAAUCUGAUCAACUCAGACAUCAGUGAAGACGAGGACGGGGAUGAAGAUGACGCGAUGGCGAACGAUGAUAUACUACCGAAGAAAGCCGCCGACCUGAAUCCGAUGUAUGCGCAGCGAGGCAAACAACCGGCAAAGCCGGAAGUGUCCACCGUCGGUUCGGUAGCCAUCAACAAGGUAAAAAUCAACGAAGAUAUCGAUAGUUACGAGGAGGUGCUGCUGAAGGGUAACGGCAAGAGCGUGAAACCUUCCAAACCUACCACCUCCAAGCCCGCCGCUAAAACGGAAGGCGAAGACGAUGAAUACGAUGAUGAAUCGGACGAAAAGAUCGAUUUCUCCGGUGUAGACAAAGUUCUGGCUCAACCACUUAAACCGGUACCAGCUGAGAAGUCGGUCAAGACGUCACCGCCGAGCACAACGCUGAAACCGAAGAGUACCACCACCGGCAAGCAGAAUGUGGAAAUUCUUGACCAGUACGAUGAAGAUGCCGAUAUGGACUACCAGUACACCUACGAUGACGAUGAGGACAAUGAUGACGAUGAGGAUGACGAUGAUGAUGAUGACGAUGAGGAUGCGGAAGAGCUGCCUCCUCAGAAGGCUGGUAAGAACGUGAACAGCGAGGCCAAGAAGCAGACCAAGCCGGUCAAGAAGACCAAGGAGCAGAACAAAACUGCCGCCAAGGGUACCGAUGAAUCUUACUACUACGACGACGAGGAUGACGAUGAUGAUGACUACAACGUUGACUCGUCCAACAGCACCUACUGUCCACGGGGAUGUAUCUGCGAGCGUAACAUGCACUCGUACAUGGUGGCCACCUGCAGCCGUCUCGAUCUGGAAACGCAAAAGUUCACCUCCGCCAUCACCGAUCUGCAGGUGCUGGACGUUGGGCCCAAGUACCCGAUCGAGCUGGGACCGGAGUUCUUCAAAAAGAUUGGCCUCAGCCACGUCGUGUCGAUCAAGAUCACCAACUGCACGAUCGUGUACAUUAGCCCGCAGGCGUUUGCCGGUCUGGACGUCCUGUACUCGGUCAACCUGACCAACUCGGGCAUUGACAUGAUCCAUCCGGACACGUUCGCGAACAACACGAAGCUCCGCUUGCUCACCCUCUCGGGUAACGAUUUGAGCGCGAUGCAAAGCGUAAACCACAACACCCCGUACAUGGACUACAUGCUGAAGGCACCGACCGUGGAGGAGCUGGACAUUUCACGCUGCAAGCUGCAGGAACUGCAGCCGAACGCGUUCAACGAGCUGAAGAACAUCAUCUACAUCAACCUGUCCGAGAACAAUCUGAGCAAUCUGCCGGAGGGUAUUUUCGACAAUGUGGAAACCAUCGAAGAGCUGGACCUUUCCGCCAACAACAUUGCCGAGCUGCCGAAGAACAUCUUCGCCAAGACGUCGCUGGCGAUCCUGCACCUGAAGCACAACAAGAUCAGCAACAACGUGGACUUUGUGACGGCCGAUCUGCAGAAGCUUGAUGUGAGCUUCUGCCAGAUACGCACGAUCAACAACCAGAUGUUCAAGGGCAUGGAAGGACUGACCAACCUCAUCCUGAAGGGUAACCACAUCGAGAAGAUCAAACCGAUGGCGUUCAUCUCGCUGAGCAGCUUGCGCCAGAUCGAUCUGUCGUACAACAACCUGGAGCAAAUCUCGGCCCAAACGUUCAUCGGCAACAAGAUGCUGGAUAUCAUCCGCAUGAACAACAACCCGCGGCUGAAGCGUCUACCGAACGAAGGCUUCGAAAGCUCGUACAACGGUACGUUCAACGUGUACUUGAUGGACAUCUCGAACUGCGACAUCUCCGAGCUGGCGGACAACACGUUCAAGACGAUGCCACAGCUGACGCGGCUGAACCUGGCCUGGAACAAUCUGCAGACGAUCCGACCGCCGGUCAUGGCGCAUCUGAGCAAGCUGAUGGAUUUGGAUCUGAGCAACAACAUGAUCACGGAGCUGGAUGAGAAGACGUUCCAGAACAAUCGCAAUCUGAACUCUUUGAACCUGUCCGGUAACCAAAUCUCUAGCCUGGCUAGCAAGAUCUUCCACCCGCUGCAGUACCUGAGCGAGCUGGACAUUAGCGACUGCGAUCUGCGCACCAUCUGGGACGAUUCGGCCGUCAAGGCGAAGCGGGAGGAAGUUCUGCCGAACCUGAAGCGUCUGAACGCAUCGUACAACGAGAUCUCGGAGGUGUUUGUGUCGGAUCUCGCCUCGAUGGCUAAACUGCGCGUACUGGACAUCCGCAACAACUCGCUGAGCUGCAACGGACGUUUCCCAACGCUGAUCGAUUGGCUGCAACAGAAGCAGAUCUCGAUGGCCGAUAACUCGCACGAUCACGUAACACACGCCGAAAUGAAUGUUCUGCGCACGGACAACUCGGUUUCGCUGAAGCAGUGGGGACAGUUUGCCUGGGAAAUUUGCCAGGGCGGUAGCGGUGAUCCGGAUAACACACUGUCGUACAGUGAAACGGAGGAAGACUACGACGAAGAUGAGGAGGAUGAUUCCGAGGACGCGGAUGCCGAGGUGACGGCGGACACGAACGCCAAGUCUAACAAGAUUGUGGACAGCAAGAACGAGCUGGACGAAUACUCGGACGAAACGGCGGACAGUGACAGUGACGACAACGACAAUGCCGAUGCGGACAGCGAAGACGACGAGGAUGACGAGGACGCGGAUGAUGAUGAUGAUGAGGAUGAGGAGGAGGAGGAUGAUGUGCAGGAGCGUGAGAACAUCCUGGACGCCGCCAACGGUAUCCAGCAGAUUGAGCAGGACAUCCUUACCGGCAAGCUCAACAACAAUGCCGAUGAUGAUGAUGACGAGUACGAGGAUGACAGCGAGGGCACGAACGUGGACGACGUCGUCAUACUGGAGAACGCGUCCAUGUUCGCGCUGUCCACCGUUGCGCUGAUGGUUAGCUGUAUCGUGAUCGGUAGCUUGAUCAUGGUGCUGCUGGUUGCAAAGAUCGUCGGGCUGAUCUUCAAGCGGCGCGGCGAACGCUACCGCCAGGCACUGCUUGCAUCGAAGAACUCGUUCGUCUAUCAGAAGCUGACGGAAGAUAUUGUUGCACCGAAGGUCCCGAAGGUCCAUCGGUACGAACCGAUCAAUCAGGUGUAAAUGUCAGCAAAAAGGGCAACGCGUGAAAUUAGAAUGUGGUGUUUCGUUGCAAACACACACACACACAACGCACACCACGCACAAAGUCAGCACUGGAACAGGACGUGGUGUGUUCCUAGAUUUCGUAUACAUGCAGCAGUUAAUACAGCAGUCUGUUAUAGAGCAGUAGCAAGCAAAACAAAAUGCAUACUUAAACAGAACGCAACAUCAGCGAGCUUCCCCCGAUCUGAAUGGUCAGCAGAGUGUAUGUGUGUGCGUGUGUGAACGCGCGCGUGUGGCGGGAAAUAGAUAUGAUGUACUUAUCGAACAGCAAGCUCCUUAACACAGAUCGGGCAGCUCUAGCGAUGCAGAUAUUUUUUUUUUUAAUUUUUUAUUUAUUAAGGCCUUACAUUCUAACCAUCGAAGCAGCAGCAGCAUUGAUUUCAGAAAACCCUUCCUUCCCCGUUGCGGUGAUCCUCAAGAUGUGCAGUUCUCCAUCUUGCUUUUGCAGACUCGCCACAGGGUGUAGCUUUGAAUGCGAUUCCAAACUUCAAACGUACCAUCCGGGUGAUACGAUGUGGCGUCGACUUCCCGCUCUAGUAAUUAAGUGCAUCGUCCCGGACAGGCGGUUUCCCCGUAUCCAUCCGCUUAAGGAGCCUUUACUUUGGUAUGCUACCACGUGCGACUACACUUCGCCGCCGGUAGAUGGUUUGUGCUACUGUGUUUUUUACUAGCUUUUUGGUUCACCCUCUGAACAACAUUCCUAGUUCCGCUCGCAAAAACAAACAAACAAAUUACUAUUUUACAUGUAGCGUUGUAAUCAUUAGUUGGUUUGCACACACACAACGAGAACCUUAAAGCGAAAAACCAUAUGAAUCGGUUAUACGUGCGCCACACAAAACAGGCUUCCGGUUAGUGCCAUUUUGGUUUUCGAAACGUAUCGGGAAUAUAACAGACGAAAAAUUGCACCGAUUGCAGUCGAGAUCAACCGUCUUCGAUCGCCGGAAGCAUUCUACUUAAAGGCCGCAGGUGCUGCGCAGCAUCAAUCUACCAUCCAUUGCAGUUGAACAGAAAACAAAGCCCCCCCUUUCAAAACAAUCCCCCAGGGAAUCGCGCAAUACAUACUUAAGUACAUACGCCGUGAAGCAGCUCUCGGUAUCGCAGCAUAUUAUUCCGGCUGCCCUAUUUUUUCAGAAACAAAACCCCAAACAUUGUCCACAAAAUCCACAGGAAAUGAGUAUUUUUUUUUAAAUUCUGCUCUUUUUUUUAAAUUAUUGAGGUGUCUACCAAAAUAAACCAAUAAAAGGAUUUGAUAAAACACAUGCGUUUUAUCGAACCGGAA